ACAAAUGGACAUAAAGAGAAACCAAAGUCAAGAAAUAAUGAAACUCACACCAUCACAAGAUGUUCGUGUUUCUUUUGUAUGAACUCACAAGAUUGUUUUGUUGUGUCCACUUUCACAGUGACAAUUAUCUUCUUCUUAUUUGUACCAAAAUUUCUCACAUGUUUUCAGUGGCUAUAAAUCAUUUCCAAUUGUCCCUCUUGUCCCGUACAAAUAAUUUGAAGAAAAAAAGACAAGAAGUCGGCCAAAAUAUCCAACUUGUGAGGAGUGUGAUUGGUUAAUCAGUGAACCAUAUUUUUCAAUACCAUAUCUAUAUACCAUUAAGUAUUAACCUUGCCUUUUUGAGUAAAAAAAACUUUUUGAAAUUUAUUUGCAUCUUCCCUUUGAUUAACUUCUCCACUUUCCUUUAGUGCCUUGUCCAUUUUCUCCACAAUGCUUAAACUCUUUCUUUGUUCCUACUUUUGGUUCCUUCUUCAUUCACAAUUCUAAGCUACUGGUUAAAUUACAUCAUAUAUCCUUUCUGAAGCUAGAAGGUAAAUCAUCAACCAUGGUUAAAGUUUGGCUAUUAGCUCUAAUGAUUCUCUACAAUGGCUUCUCUUCAACUGUGGCUGGCACUCAUAAUUCAACAAGGCCUGAUAUUGUAAAUAUUGGAGCUCUCUUUUCUUUCAAUACUAGUGUUGGCAAGAUUAUAAAAAUUGCUUUAGAAGCUGCAGUCAACGAUGUAAAUUCGGAUCCAAAUAUUCUGGGCGAGACCAAGUUAAAGCUCUCUCUUCAAGAAGAUUCUAAAUAUAGAGGUUUUCUAAGCAUUGCUGAGGUUUUGCAGGUCAUGGCUAGACACAAUGUGGCAAUAAUUGGCCCUCAUAGUUCUGUAACAGCUCAUGUCAUAACUCAUAUUGCAAAUGAGCUUCAAGUUCCUCUUAUCUCAUUUUCUGCUUUAGACCCUACCCUUUCUUCACUUCAAUUCCCAUUCUUUAUCAGAACUUGUCACAGUGAUCUUUAUCAAAUGGCUGCAAUAGCGGACCUUGUUGACUACUAUGGAUGGAAAGAAGUCAUAGCUGUAUACAUUGAUGAUGAUAAUGGAAGGAACGGAAUUGGUGCAUUAGGCGAUAAGCUUGCCGAGAAGCGUUGCAGGAUCUCAUAUAAAGCGCCUGUGAGACCCGAAGCAACUCCAGAGGAGAUAACAAAUGUGCUAGUUCAGGUGGCUCUUGCUGAAUCAAGAGUUAUAGUAGUUCACGCCAACACUAUUGGGGGCCCGAAAGUGUUCAGUGUUGCGAAGAAUCUUGGAAUGAUAGGAACUGGUUAUGUAUGGAUAGCCACUGCUUUUCUUUCUGCUAUUCUUGAUAUAGAAAGUCCAUUGCCUUCUGAUAAAAUGGAUGAAAUCCAAGGAGUGUUGACAGCACGCGUGCACACGCCAGAUUCGGAGCUUAAAAGAAAGUUUGUUUCUAAAUGGCAAAACUUGACUCAUGGAAAUACUGAUAAUGGCCCUCUUGGACUAAGUUUUUUGUCUCUCUAUGCAUACGAUACUAUUUAUGCUCUUGCUCACGCACUUGAUGCAUUUUUGAAACAAGGGAACCAAAUCACAUUCUCAAAUGAUUCAAAGUUAUCUACACUACGUGGAGACAACUUGCGUCUUGAUGCAUUGAACAUAUUCGAUGGAGGAAACACAUUGCGUAGGAACAUUUAUGAAGUUAACAUGACAGGUGUGACAGGCUUGUUCAAGUAUGCACCUGAUAAAAACCUUGUUAAUCCUACAUACGAAAUCAUCAAUGUGGUUGGAACCGGGUCUCAGAGGAUCGGUUAUUGGUCUAAUCACUCUGGAUUAUCGUCCAUUCCUCCAGAAACACUUCAUUCCAAACCAGGCAAUAACUUCAGGGAGAGUAAAAGGCUAUCCCCUGUGAUUUGGCCUGGAAACACAGCUCAGAAGCCCCGUGGUUGGGUUUUUCCAAACAAUGGAAGGCUAUUAAGAAUUGGAGUACCAAUAGGCGUUAGUUACCGCCAAUUUGUCUCGCAAGUACCAGGCACCGAUACAUUUCAAGGAUUCUGCAUUGAUGUAUUUCUUUCUGCAAUUAACCUAUUGCCUUAUGCUGUCCCUUAUAAGUUUAUUCCAUAUGGGGAUGGUAAGAACAAUCCUAGUAACACUGAGCUUGUCCGUCGGAUAACAACUGGUGAAUAUGACGGUGCAGUAGGUGACAUAGCAAUUACUACAACAAGAACAAAAAUGGUGGAUUUUACUCAGCCAUAUAUUGAGUCUGGUUUAGUGGUAGUAGCACCUGUUAGGGAGACAGAAACUAGUGCUUUGGCCUUUUUGGCUCCAUUUACACCAAGGAUGUGGUUUGUCACAGCUCUCUUUUUCAUAAUAGUUGGAACUGUUGUUUGGAUUUUGGAGCAUAGGGUGAAUGAUGAAUUUAGAGGACCACCUAAAAAACAAAUGGUUACUAUUUUUUGGUUUAGCUUUUCAACAAUGUUCUUUUCACAUAGGGAAAAUACAGUGAGCACAUUUGGUCGUUGUGUGCUACUUAUAUGGUUAUUUGUAGUUCUUAUAAUUACUUCAAGUUACACAGCAAGUCUAACAUCAAUCCUCACAGUUCAACAGCUUUCUUCCCCCAUUAAAGGCAUUGAAAGCUUAGUAAUUGGCAAAGAACCAAUUGGUUACACUCAAGGUUCUUUUUCUAAAAACUAUUUAAUCCAAGAAAUUGGUAUUGAUGAGUCUAGGCUUAUUGCUUUAAAAACACCUGAAGAAGCUGCUAGAGCACUUGAGAAGGGUCCUCAAAAUGGCGGCGUUGCUGCUUAUAUCGAUCAACGUGCCUAUAUCGACAUCUUCCUUGCAAGCCGGUGUAAAUUUACUAUUGUAGGUCAAGAGUUCACCAGAAACGGCUGGGGAUUUGGCUUUCCAAGAGACUCACCAUUAGCAAUUGACCUAUCAACUGCCAUUUUGCAAAUGGUGGACAAUGGGGACUUGCAAAGGAUUCAUGACAAAUGGCUUUUGAGUAGAGCUUGUUUAACACAAGGUGCAAAGCUUGAAGUUCAAAGACUCAAACUAAAAAGCUUUUGGGGAUUGUAUGUGAUCUGUGGAUCAGCAUGUUUGGUUGCUCUACUAAUAUACUUCAUACGGAUAAUUAGACAGUACACCAAGCACCGCUCAGAGGAACUUGAUUCUCCUGACCAAAACCCUAGCUCAGGAUCGUCGGGUUUCAAAAAAUUCAUGUCCUUUGCAGAUGAAAAAGAAGAGACUGUUAAGAACCGAUCAAAGAGAAAGAAAAUGGAGAGAAUCUCUUAUAGAGGUAGUGAGGGAGGAUCAUCCUCCAUCAUCUCCAAUAAAGAUUAUGAUGCUCAGCCAUCUCGAUGCAUAGCUGAUUCUGUUCCUAAUGGUGGAAGUGAACAAGUAUUUGUCAAAGUGGUGUAAUUAUGGUUUCUAUACAAUAUAAAAAAAAUUAAAAAAAUUAAAUGUACAAGUUUUAUUUAGGAAAUACAGCUUGCCUCGGAAGAAAAUAAACUUAAGAUGCGCAAA